AUGUCAACCCCAGCAGCAAUCCUCGCCAAGGCGGUCAACGAACGCAGCGCCAUCAAAGCCACCCUUGAAUGGCUCGAGAAACAAGUAGCAAACCACGCCACAAAACCCGUUACGGAGAUCAAGGCCAAACAGUACCUGGAAACCGUCACCAAAAACCAGGAGAAAGUCGAAGACAGUUUCGAGCGCAUUCUUGCCAAUUUAGAAGGCGCCGACGUCACACCUCACGCAAAAGAAUACACUACACUGCUAGAGAUAUCCUUCGAAAUCAAGAGUGAAAUUGGCGAAAUCUUGGCCAAAUUCGGCACACCAACAACAACUACAACUACACCAAAAACUCCUCCAACCGGAGCAGAUGUCAAGUUGCCUCGUCUCAACUUACCUCAAUUUGACGGGAAGAUUGAGGACUGGGCAUCCUUCCGUGAUUUGUUCAUCACAGCAAUCCACAACAACAACAAAAUAUCGGACUCCCAGAAGCUCACUUAUUUGAAGGGCCAGCUGAAGGGAGAAGCAUCAAGGCAAGUGCAAUCUAUCACAAUUACCGAUGCCAACUACUUGGUGGCCUGGGGACUCCUGGAGGAUCGUUAUCAAAACGACCGACAACUUCUCUUCGCCCUCCUCCAGCGACUUACUUCACAACACCAACUCACCACCGCGACUUCAUCGUCCCUUCGUCAACUCAUCGAUUGCAGCAAAGAGUGCAUGCGGUCACUCGAAGUGCUCACCAUGCCAGUAAAGGAUUGGGAUUCUUUACUCCUCUUCCUUAUCCACCAGAAGUUGGACAGUUUAACAAUGGAACUGUUCGAACAAUCCCUCAAAGACAACGCUAUCCCUACGCUCCAGAGUUUGUUCGACUUCUUGGAACAGAGGUCACGGGCGCUGGAGGCAGGCGGAAGUAAGCUGGUGAAGCCAGGACCAGCUAAUCAUCCCAACAAACACAUCCCUCAGCGGAAUCACGUUCACCACACCAACUCACCUCAUUCUUGCAAGGCGUGUGGCGAAAUCGGUCACCCUCUCUACAAGUGUGGCAAGUUCCUCAACAUGAGCGUUAAGGAUCGAAGCGACUUUGUGAAGAAGGGGGGACUCUGCUUCAACUGUCUACGAAGCGGACAUUCCUCAGAUAAGUGUUCAAGUACUAGUACCUGCCGGUCAUGUGGAGGGAAGCACCAUUCCAGUCUACACCGGCCCAAGCAACCUGAAUCCACUGCCGCAGCAGCUGCGGAUAAGCCACUCACACUUAAUCACCAUUCUAAGGUCACUAACUGUUUCCCACAGACUCUCCUCGCCACAGCAAUCGUCACGGUGUGUGACAUUCGUGGUCAACCUCAGCAACUUCGCGUUCUAUUGGAUGGUGGGUCAGACACUCACAUUGUCAGCAGCAAAGCAAUCCGACGUCUUGGACUCCCGUGGAUCAAGACACGCUCUCGUGACAGGCUUAUCAAUGACUCCAGUGGGGAGUACUCACGGCGUUUUGGACAUGAGCAUCAGUCCUCAUUUCAACCCAUUUAA